AAGAGGAAUGGUAUUGUUUUAUAUUUGCAGAGAAAAUUAUGAAUGCGGGAAUUUUUCUUUUCGUGGAUGAGUGGAUAAGUUCUUGUAGCAGGCGGCCUCAGUGCAAUACCUGGCAAACUGAAAGUAUUGUAUGAAAUAAGGUAGCAUGAAAGAGUAAUUGAUGCGAUAAAAAGGUGUGGAGCAGAAUUGAAUGAGCGCCGAAAAGAACAGAGCAAAAAUUCCUACAUUGGCAAAGACUUUCGCAUUUUGCUUUCAAAACUCUUGCGCUGGAAGAACAAUAAAAAUUGCACAAAGUGCAUUCGGUAGCUUGCGUAGCAGAAGGAAGUUUAAUCGUUAAAUUGCAUGCGAACAAGUCUUUAUAAAAAUACAAAAGAAAUAUAAAGAUUGCCGAUUGUAAGCAGAUGAAAUCUUCUAUGGUCAAGGGGUACGAGAACUCAAUCUAGUGUGCGUAUGUGGAGAAAGUGGCGGUGGAGCGGGUGCACGUACCAUUGUUUUUGUGUAGUGUUAGUGUCAAAGUGUUUAUUUUUGGAUAAAAUAUAAAUAUAAAAAAGAAACGAAAAUGCCAAAUACCGAAAGCAUUAACUUAGCCUUGCCUGAAAUUUAGCUAGUAAAGGAGAAACAUAAGGCAACGAACUUAUGAAGUGAACUCAACCAACAAAUAUCACAAUCGAAAUUUAGUGAGUUUCGUGAUAUAUAAAUUGGCAUUUUUCUGAAAGAAAGAUAAGGCUCUCUCAAGUGUAAAAGGAAGUGGUGAAUCUGCAAUGGCAACGGAGAAGUUACGCAUAACAUUAAACAACCCGGAAAAAGUAUAUUCUGCGGGCGAAACAAUAAAAGGCGAAAUCUCUUUAAAUCUAACCAAGCGCACAAAAAUACGUGCUAUAAAAGUGCAAAUUACUGGCAAAGGCAAAUGCAAAUGGAUAGAAAUAUUACGUAAAAAUUCCAACAAUGAAUCAGCGCGAAGUCUCUUCUACUCCAGCAAAGAAAUUUACGCACACAAUGAGCACACACUGCCCGUCUUUGAGCCGCGCGGCAUUGAAUUGAAUCCCGGUGAACAUAAUUUCGAAUUUACUGUACCACUCGAGUACAAUCUACCAUCUAGUUUUAAAGGUAGUUACGGUUCCAUAAAGUAUAAAUUGCGUAUAGUCAUCCAAAGGCCAUGGACUUUCGACGAACGUCACAUUAUACCGCUAACUGUGCUGAAGCAUAUGCCGCUUUCACCGUGUUAUCGUUCGAAUCCCACCUCAUUGGAAAAACAAAUUACCAAAACAAUUAGUCUAUUUGGUACACGUCCCAUAACAAUGCUGGCAUUGUUGCCGGAAGAUUCAGCGGUACGUGGUGAACCUUUGCGUAUUUGUGUCACUGUCACCAAUAACAGUACGACAAAUGUGGAGAAACUACGAUUCAGUGUGCUACAGUAUAUCUGGUAUUACAGUCAUGUACCGUUACGUGUGCAAAAAAUGGAAUGCGUACCACUAGUCAAUAAAGAGACUGGUGCAGUGCAUAAGAAGAGUGAACGUUCCUUUGCACAUGAGCUAAUGAUACCGCCUACGACCCAACCGUCCGAUGAUGAGCUAAGCGGUGUUAUAAAUAUAUCAUAUGAGUUGCGUGUGGAAGCGGUGCUACGUGGCUUUUUUAAGAAUCUCAUACUUAAUUUACCCUUUAAGAUGUAUUCGAGUGGGGCGACCGCUGUACUUAAUAAUUUAUCUGGUGGUCCACCAAGACCGCCACCUCGAUAUGGCAAUCGUAAUAGUGUUAACAUUGGCAUGGUAGCGAAUGUCACAAUGAACGGUGCGGGCAAUCCAUUUGAGAAUAGCGCUACACCAUUGAGUAUUGCAACUUAUCCUUCACUUGAUUCAUCCAUCGGCUCGCCAUCGCACUCCUCACAAUAUAGCGAAUACAGUUCAUUACGUUCAGUUAAUUCCGAUUCUUCUGCGGCAAGUCCCGCCUUAGCGGGAGAUAUUUCAUAUGUCUCUGGCAUAUCCUCCAACUCCUCUACGACGACAUUAAGUCCGGCUUUGGCUGGUGAUCUUUCAUAUGAAUCUUGCGCAUCGCCACAAUUUAAUAGUCCUUCGGCGCGUGCUAGUCUGCGCAGUUCAACGGUGCCCUAUGUUAUGUAUCCACCGAGUAGUAGUCCACUCAUGAUCAACUCUUAUCCGCCAGCACAAGUACCAACAUAUCCGUCAUUAUCGGAAUCACCUGGUUAUUCGCUGAUGCGUUUAGCCGAAGACGUAUUACCUCCACCGCCCAUCACACCGCCCUCAGGGUCGACAGUGGGCACAUUAGCGCGCCAGGAAUCUUCUACAUCAGCCACAACGGCAGCAGCGCGUUCGUCGUUUUUGCAUGGAAUGCAGCCACCAGGAGCGCAUGAACUGCCACCAUCUUAUGAAGAACUUUUCGGCUCCGCCACUGCACCACCUGAAACACCGAAAUGAUACUGCAACUACUUCCAGAUAUAAAAUACUUUAACUAAUAAUUCACUAAACACCACUACGGCGCCAAAAGUUACUAGACCCACCCAGGAAAGAGUAGAGUAUGGACCUGCUGGGCACUCCUCUUGUUCUAAAUGAAAAAUCAUUAAAUAUUA